UCUUUCUUUUUUUUAAUAUGUGGUUUCACUCUAGUGCCUAUGUUGUAGUGCUGUCCUAAAAUCUCAGCUCACUGCAACCUCUACCUCCCGGGGUCCAGCGAAGGGAUUCUCCUGCCUCAGCCUCUCAAGCGGGUGGGAUUACAUGCACAUGCCACCUUGCCCAGCUAAUGUUUUGUAUUUUUAGUAGAGGUGGGUUUCACCAUGUUGAUCAGGCUGGUCUUGAACCCCUGGCUGCAAGGGAGUCAUGCAUCUUGGCCCCUCAGUGUUGUGAUUACAGGUGUUAGCCACCAUACCUGGCCUGUUUCCAGCAUUUUUUAGUUCUUUUUUGUUGUUGUUGUUGUUGUUAAAUUUCAAGAUUUCAGAUCCAAUCAGGUAUCACAGGUUGUAUUUUUCAUGUUUCUUUCCUCUCCUUAAAUUUGGAAAUCUUUUUUUUAUGAUUGUUUUUCCUAUAAUUGACAGUUUUGAAGAAUACAUACCAGUUGUCUGGUAGGAAUGCUCCACAAUCUGAAUUAAUUUUCUCAUGGUUAGCUUGAAAGUCAAUAUUUUUGGAAAGAAUAUGAUAUGAGCAAUGCUGUAAAGUUGCCAUUGCAUUCUAUCAGGAAGCACAUAAGUUUGUUCCACAUUUUUAAGAUAUUGUCUGUGUGUCUCUGUGUGUGUAUGUGUCUAAGUAAUGUACAUUGUGAAUCUCUGCAAUAUUAAUAUCUUGUUUUUCCAAGAACAUCCACCCAGUGAUUUCAGCAUUCUUUGAUGAUUCCUCUGUGAAUGUUUAAUACAUUUGUGAUUAUGUAAUCAGAUUUGUAACGUGGUAUCUUUUCUCACUCAUAGGAAGGAUUCCUUAUCUUGGACCUGAGUCUACUUUCUUCAAGAAAACUUGACUUUAUUUCAUUAAGUGGGAAGAGCAGGAGCCCAGCUAAUAUGCUGAAAUGUGCAAUAGGCUGCAGCCUGUGAAGUAUUCGCGGCUGUAGACUCUGAAGCUAAGGAGCUGAGAAGUUUCUAGAAGCUGCCAUCAACAUGCCAAAGCAGUAAAACUGAAAGCAAAUUCAAAUUUCAAGGUCUGGGGGAAGAUAUCUACUGCUUACUGGGACUUGAGGUCUAGAGAGCUAGGCCUUAUUAAAAUAAUUACUUUACCUACCAUCUUUGUUCAAGGCUCAAUGGCUGACCUUCAAGCAGUGGCUAGCUGUCCCAUCUGUCUGGACUACUUGAAAGACCCAGUGACCAUCAGUUGUGGGCAUAACUUCUGUCUCUCCUGCAUCAUUAUAUCCUGGAAGGAUCUAGAUGAUAGUUUUCCCUGCCCUUUUUGCCACUUUUGCUGUCCAGAAAGGAAAUUGACAAGCAAUCCUCAACUGGGUCGUUUGACUGAAAUUGCUAAGCAACUCCAGAUAAGAAGCAAGAGAAAGAAGCAAGAAGAGAAGCAUGUUUGUCAGAAACAUAAUCAGGUUUUGACCUUUUUCUGUCAGGAAGACCUAGAGCUUUUAUGUCCAAGGUGCAGUUUCUCCACUGAUCACCAGCUUCACUGUGUUUGGCACAUAAAGAAGGCUGCCUCCUAUCACAGGAAAAAAUUGGAGCAAUACAAUGUACCAUGGAAGGAGCGAGUGGAACUAACUGAAAAAAUCAUAACCAUACAAACCAGAAAAUCGUUAGAACUGAAGAAAAAGGUAAAACGUAAGGAAGAAGAAGUGAAGUCUGAAUUUGAGCAACUUAGGUCAUUUCUCCAAAAUGAGCAAGAGACUGUUCUUGAGCAACUACAAGCUGAAGAGAUGGAUAUUUUAGCACAACUAAAUGAAAGCCUAAGAAAAUUCUCAGAUUAUGCCUCCUCAUUAAAAUAUCUACUACAGGAGAUAGAGAGCAUAUAUAUGAAGUCAGGACUAGAAUUACUGGCCAAUGUUAAGGAUAUCUAUCACAGAUACAAAAAUUUCAAAUUACCUGAACCCUUUUCAUUCAGAUUAAAAGAAUAUGGUUACCGUCUGCCUCCACAAUAUUCUGGCCUAUACAAAAUUAUCAAGCGAUUUCAAGUGGAUGUAAUUCUAGAUCCUGAAACAGCACAUCAUAAACUUAUAGUCUCAGCAGAUAGAAAAACUGUGCGAUACGGAAAUACGGUGCAAAACUUACCUCCAAACCCAAGAAGAUUUUAUCGCCUCCCAGCUGUUGUGGGCUCUAAGGGCUAUAGUAGUGACCGGCAGUACUGGGAAGUAGAAGUGAAAGACAAGCCUGAAUGGAUCCUUGGUGUCUGUAAUGACUCUCUUCCCAGAAGGAGGAAGCAUCCACUAUUAGUACAAAAUGGAUUGUGGGGAAUUCAGCGAUCUGGUCAGGAUAAAUAUAUUGUAUUGGGUCAUGAGGAAAUUAAUCUGCUGCCAAAAGUAACACCUAGUAAGAUUGGCAUUUUUUUAGAUUAUGAAAUGAGUGAGGUUUCCUUUUAUAAUUUGAAUGAUAGCUCCCUACUGUAUACUUUUAAUGAUGAUUUUACAGGAUCACUUUGGCCUUAUUUUUAUACUGGAAUGGACUCAAAACCUCUUAAAAUUUCUAGAGUAACAGAUUGUGAAUAAAUAACUAUUAGAAAACUGUCAUUUUCUGACACCUAGCAAACAUAAUAGAGCCAGUGAAUCUGGUUUUGGUAAUUCUGUAUUUUGUCCUAUUUUUCUGACAAAAAAACACAGAAUUGUUUAUAUCUCAGUUUCAGCAUUAAAAAAUGUGAUUAUAGGACCUACUUUAUAACAAAUUAUGGGGUCAAAGGCAAACUACUUUAGAAAUCCUAAAAUAAAAUACUAAAAAUAUAUACUAAUGAAGUAGUGUAUUAUGUAAAAAAAAUUAUUACUCCAGUUAUUGCCAAUAGAAGCCUAAUACUGUGUCUUUAGUAUUGCCUAUGUAUUUUUCCUUUAAGUCUUGAUUAAGUCUUUAUUAGUCACUGUGUCGUCCAGGCUGUAGUGCAAUGGCUCAAUCUCAGCUCACUGCAACCUCUGCCUCCUGGGUUCCAGCGAGUCUCCUGCCUCAGCCUCCUGAGUAGCUGGGAUU